CGUGUACCUGUCUGUCUGCCGUAAAAGUGCUGCUCAAAAAGGGUUUGCGGCAUUGACGUCAUGCGGGAGGGGGGGCGUGGCCACUUCUAGAGUCAUCUGAUGCCUUUCAGUCUGAGGCCGUUUCGCCUGAUGCCUUGUUGCGCGAGAGCUGAUGCUUUUUAGUCUGAGGCCGUUUUGCCUGUUGCCUGAUUGGUCGAGACCUUAGCCCCGACGCUGUUUUGUUGAGAACUGAUGCCUUUUUGUCUGAGGCGCGAUGCCGUUUAAUCUGAUACCCGAGUACUGACGCUGAGGUCUGACGAUGUCCUAAUAUGUAUGCCGUACUCGUGACGCUCCUCGGAAAAGCGGAACACAAACAGCAGGAAAAGAAACUGAAAAGAGAUUGGAGUCGUUUAACGAAUAAGAUAAGAACUAAAAGUAUAUAUGUAAGAAACAUUCGAGCAUAUAGAGAGUUAUUCCGAGAGGAUAAUAACAUGAGUCGGUGCGGGUUCACAGAUGUGAUUGAUCAACAGUUUGACUGACGGGAUCGCCAUGCGCUCACAAAAGGAGAAGUGAAACCAGUUCCGCCCACAGCACGAUCCUCAACCCACAUUGAUGUCAAGCGGUGUGUGACAGGAUCAGACCGGAUCGGGCCCGUGCAUCAGACAUGUGGUGGUUUCAGGAGGGUUUGUGCGCUCUGCCCGCGGCGCUGGUGGUGUGGACCGCCGCCACCUUCGUCUUCGCGUACAUCACGGCUGUCGUACUGAGACACGUGGACCCUCUAGUGCCCUACAUCAGUGACACCGGGACCGUAGCGCCGGAGAGAUGUGUGUUUGGAAUCAUGCUGAACGUGUCGGCCUUCUUAGGUGUGGCUACGAUGUACGUGCGCUAUAAGCAGCUGCUGGCGCUGAUAGACGCUAGCGACACUCGUCUGCAUCUUCUCAACCGCGUGGGCUUGGUUCUGGGCUGCGGCAGUUCUCUCGGCAUGUGUGUGGUCGCUAACUUCCAGAAAACCACUCUGUUCUCCAUGCAUCUGGUCGGCGCCGUGUUGACGUUCGGCGUCGGCGCUCUGUACAUUUUCGCCCAGACCCUGCUGUCCUAUCACAUGCAGCCUCACAUCCACAGUAAAAGCAUGUUCUGGACCCGUCUGAGCGUGGGGAUGUGGACUUUAGCCAGCAUCAUCAGCAUGUUCGUAUCGUCCGUCAUCAUGUACAGCACGUUACCUGGAGUAGAAGUCAACAAGAAGUUACACUGGACCCCUGGAGAACCCGGUUACACGCCUCACAUCAUCAGCACCAUCUCUGAAUGGUCUCUGGCUCUGUCCUUCAUCAGCUUCUUCUUCACGUACAUCAGAGACUUCAAGAAGAUCAAUCUGAGAGCGGAGGCGGAGCUUCACAGCGAUCACCUGUAUCACUCCAGUCAUUACCGGGACGUCCCCGAGACCUCACCACUGCUGGCCGGGAGCAUCUGAGAGUCCAGCAGGGGGCAGCAACACUCAGGGUUGACACCUUCACAUGUGUGUAUUACAUCAUCACUCCACGUGUGAAGUGUCAGAGUUUUCUUCUGCAUGUCCAGUGUUUCCUUUUGUUUUAUAUCUUGAUAUUAAUGUUCACGUUUUUUAAUGACCUGUGUUCUCAUUACUGUAACGCAAAAGAUGUUAUUCGUGUGUUCAUACAUCAUGCUACUCAUUCAAAUGUGUAUGUACUAAACAGUCCCAAAACUAACAUCACGCUCAUUUAAACGCACUUCAUUUUCAUAAUAAAAGAUCAGUUCUUU